AGCAGAGCGACGCGCGCGCCGAUGGCGAGGUCGGCGUGGAGGUCCCUCUUCGGGUGCUUCAGCUCGCACGCCGCCGCCGCCGCCGCGGCGGCGGCCGGCAAGGGCGAGAACAAGCCAUCCGGGGGCAAGAAGAAGAAGAAGAAGAGCAAGAAGAAGGUGGCGGCGGCGGGGAAGGCGCCGAGGCCGAGCCGGUCGUCGCUGCACGGGCGGAUGUCCUUCUCGGACCUGAGCAUGGGCGGCGGGAUGGUGUCGCCGGAGGACCUGUCGCUGUCGCUGGCGGGGUCGGACCUGCACGUCUUCACCAUCGCCGAGCUGCGCGCCGUCACCAGGGACUUCUCCAUGACCAACUUCAUCGGCGAGGGCGGGUUCGGCCCCGUAUACAAGGGCUACGUCGACGAGAAGGUCAAGCCCGGCCUCCGCGCGCAGCCCGUCGCCGUCAAGCUGCUCGACCUCGAGGGCAACCAGGGACACAACGAGUGGCUGACCGAGGUCAUAUUCCUGGGGCAGUUGAGGCAUCCUCACCUGGUGAAACUGAUCGGCUACUGCUACGAGGACGAGCACAGACUCCUGGUGUACGAGUUCAUGACCAGGGGCAGCCUGGAGAAACUCCUCUUCAAAAAAUACGCGGCGUCGUUGCAAUGGUCAACACGGCUGAAGAUCGCCCUCGGCGCCGCCAAAGGGUUGGCCUUCCUCCACGAGGCCGAGAGCCCGGUCAUCUACCGGGACUUCAAGACCUCCAACAUCCUGCUAGACUCGGAUUACAAAGCGAAGCUAUCGGAUUUCGGGCUAGCCAAAGACGGGCCGGAGGAGGACGAGACGCACGUCUCCACCCGGGUCAUGGGCACGCAGGGCUACGCCGCACCGGAGUACAUCAUGACAGGGCAUCUGACGGCCAAGAGCGACGUGUACGGGUUCGGCGUGGUGCUGCUGGAGCUGCUGACGGGGCGCAAGUCGGUGGACAAGAGCCGGCCGCCGCGGGAGCAGAACCUGGUGGACUGGGCGCGCCCGUACCUCAACGACUCCCGGCGGCUGGACCGCGUCAUGGACCCCAACCUCGCCGGGCAGUACGCCGGCGGGGCCGCGCAGAAGGCCGCCGCGCUGGCCUACAAGUGCGUCAGCCUCAACCCCAAGUCCCGCCCGCACAUGUCCGCCGUCGUCAGUGCGCUCGAGCCGCUCCUCGCGCUCGAAGAGGACAGCCUCGCCGGGCCGUUCGUGUACGUUGCGCCGCCCGAUACUGGGAACAACGGCGGCGGCGGAAGCAGGGAGGGGCGCCACAGGAGGCGAGCGGGCCGGAGGAAGCCGGCAGACGCGGCCGAGUCGGUGGCCGUUGUUGUUGAGCGCGAGUGAUGGUCUGAGCUUGACUAGCUGAGCGUGUUUUCUGAACUUGGACCGGUCGAACAGUGGGGAGGAGCGCGGGCGCAUUCAGAUUCGAAUAUUUGUGGAAGAAGGGUUGCCUGUGAUAUGAGAGGAGAGAUGCUUGACGAAUUGGAGCCCGUAACUAGAAGCAUACGCAAUUUGACGAAAGAAACUGUCUCGUCCUUUGCAUUGGCAUGCAAAUUCAGUCUGUGGUUAGUGUUUCAGUUCAGUUCCUUCAGAGUUUGUGGAUGCAUGUUUCUUCAGGACUAGUAGUAGGGAAAAAAGUACUGUAUAAAUUAGGCAAGGUAGUGUUUCUGUAUAUGUACGUCACGUUCUAGUUCUCAGAUUUGAACUGAUAUUGAUAAAA